AUGGCGAUUGCGCGGCCCGUCCGGGCGCUGCUCUUCUUCGCCGCCGUCGUCUGGUGCUUCUUCCUCUAUCAGAUCUUCAAGCCCGAUGGCCUGAUACGUGGCCCCGGCGCGCGGUAUCAAAACUUUGAGCGCGAUCCCACCCUGGAUCCCACCGGAGAGCCAGAGGGCGUCCUCCGCCGCGUCUCCGACAAGUACGCACCCGAUGCCGAAGAUAGCGCCCGCAUCCCUGCGACCUUGCUGGCGCUGGUCCGAAACAGCGAGGUCGAUGAUAUGGUGCAGUCGAUGGCGGAUCUCGAACGGACGUGGAACGGCAAAUUUAACUACCCAUGGACCUUCUUCAACGACGAGCCGUUUUCCGAAGAGUUCAAGACGAAGACACAGGCUGUUACCAAGGCCAAGUGCAACUACGAGCUCAUCCCCAAAGACCACUGGGCUACGCCGUCCUGGAUCGACGAUGCUAUAUACGAGGAAUCCACAUCUGUCCUCGCCGAGUCGGGCGUCCAGUAUGCCAAGAAAAUAUCCUAUCACCAGAUGUGCCGAUGGAACAGCGGCAUGUUUUACAAGCACCCUGCCUUGAAAGACAUUCGGUACUACUGGCGCGUCGAGCCCAAGGUGCAUUUCUUCUGCGACGUCGACUAUGAUGUCUUUGCCUACAUGUUAGACAACAACAAGACCUACGGCUUCACCAUCACUCUCUACGAUGAUCCGAAGACGCUGCCGACGCUGUGGCCUGAAACGGUCAAGUUCCUUGCCGACAAUCCUCAUCACGUCGUCCACAAGAACGCCGCGCUCAAGUGGCUUACCGACGAUAUCAGGAGACCCGAUCACAACAAGAAGGCUCAGGGGUACUCGACCUGUCACUUCUGGAGCAACUUUGAGGUGGCCGACAUGGACUUCUGGAGGAGCCAGGUCUACGACGACUACUUUAACCACCUUGACCGUGCGGGUGGUUUCUUCUACGAACGCUGGGGCGAUGCUCCUGUUCACAGCAUUGCUCUCGGUCUCUGGGAAGACGCGAGCAGGGUGCAUUGGUUCCGCGACAUCGGCUACCAGCACAUCCCCUUCUUCAACUGCCCCAACUCGCCCAAGUGCAAGGGCUGCGUCACCGGCCGCCUCACAGACGGCGAGGCCUGGCUCCAUCGGGAAGACUGCAGGCCCAACUGGUUCAAGUACGUGGGCAUGGGCUAA